CCAGUUCGAUGCAUAGAAUUCUUUUGUGGCAUUGGAGGAUUGCAUUAUGCACUUAAUAUAGCCAAGAUCCGUGCUAAUGUAGUAGAAGCCUUUGAUGUAAAUGAGAUCGCCAACAAGGUUUAUCUUCACAACUUUAAAAAAAAUCCUUCAAAGAAAACAAUCGAUCGUUUGACAGAAAAAGAUAUUGAAAAACUAGAUGCAGGCUGCUGGCUUGUAAGUCCACCUUGUCAACCGUAUACAAGAGGUGGAAAGAUGCAAGAUAUUGAAGAUCCCCGAGCAAAGGCUCUUGUACAUCUAAUUGAUCUGCUUCCAAAGCUUUCGACACCACCAAAAUAUAUAUUUGUUGAGAACGUCAAGAAUUUCGAGAUCUCACAAUCUAGAGAGAAGCUUGUUCGCCAACUUGACAUCAUGGAUUAUGAGAUCAACGAAUGUCUUCUGACCCCAGAGCAAUUGGGUGUCCCUAAUCAUCGCAUGAGAUACUAU